CAUGAUGUUUCAACAUCAUUUCCAUUACCUCUAGGACCAUCACCAUGGCCAAUAUUGGAUAGCAUACCAGAUUUACUUAGAAAUAAACCGAGUUUUAAAUGGAUAUUAGGUUUCAUGAAUAAAAUAAAUAUUGAAAUUGCAUGUAUUCGUCUUGGGCAUGUUCAUGUAAUUCCAGUGACUUCUCCAGAAAUUGCUCGAGAAUUCUUGAAAAAACAAGAUGUGAUUUUUGCAUCAAGGCCUAUAACGAUGGCUACUGAGUAUUCUAGUCGUGGGUUCUUAAUUGUUGUUAUUACACCAUGGGGUGAACAAUGGAAGAAAAUGAUAAGAGUUGUGACUUCCGAAAUGGUCAGUCAUGCGAGAUUGAAAUGGCUUCUCCAAAAGAGAAAUGAGGAAGCUGACAACCUUGUGUUCUAUUUACACAAUAAGUGCAACAAAAACUCAUUGAAUGGAGGUCAAGUGUUUAAUUUAAGAUUACUAACUAGGCAAUUCAGUGGACAUGUAAUAAGAAAAAUGAUUUUCAACAAAAUGUAUUUCGGAAAAGAUAGAAAAGACGGAGGACCCUGUAUUGAAGAGAUUGAACAUGUUAAUUCAGCUUUUAUUGUCCUAUAUUAUAUUAAUUCAUUUGGUAUACAAGAUUAUUUGCCUUACUUGAGAUGGUUAGAUUUGGAUGGUCAUGAAAAGAUUGUCAAGAGAGCAAUGGGGGUUGUGAAUAAGUAUCAUGAUCCAAUUAUUGAAGAAAGGAUUCAACAAUGGAGCAAUGGAGGGAUGGAGAAUAAACUGCCUGAGGAUUUGCUAGAUGUGCUUAUAUCACUUAAGGACGAACAUGGGAAUCGACCUAAUUUGAAGGAGGUUGACUUGGGAUUUUAUUCUAAUAGUGGUACCGCUUUGAGACCAGCUGAUAUACUUGUUCAUAAUUUGGAUAAUGGACGUGACAUAUGCUUUGAUGUUACUGGUGUCUCACCCUUUACUAGAAGUGGGGUUCGUAACUUUUCACAUGGGAUUGCUAUCAAGAAUGUUGUUUCUAAGAGAAGUGAUAUGUAUUUGGAGAAGUGUACGACACAAGGGUUCGGUUUUGGGGCACUUGUUUUCACUACUUUAGGGGAGCUUGGUGAUGAUUUCACAGAGCUCCUGAAGCGCCUGCGUCGAUAUAUUGCUAGUUAUGAUGUUAAUGUGCGAGUUGAAAAUUUCUCUUUCAUAGAUUAG